GAAAAAGCAAAACGACGCCUCACACUUUAUUUGUUCCGCAAUUCUCUCUCUCUCUCUCUGAUUUCCGUGAUUCGUUGUUAAAUCAAUUCCUACGGAAAAGACUUUCAAUUCCCAGUUCCGACCAACAUUUACAUUCAAAGGAAUGGGAAUUCCGCAUUAACAAAUCUCUGAGCAAAUCUGCGUCAUUAUAACUAAUAUUUCCAUCGCCAUCAACAUCCAUCAACGGCCGUGAUGCGGAGGGCCUCAUCCUCAUCGGCGGCCCAGAUCGAGGUCAAGGUCCACCCGGAGAGUCCCGCUCCCGCAACGACGUCGUCAGCGCCUCGAGCGGUCGGCAGCGACGAGGCAUUGAGGGUGUUCAGGCGAUGGGUGCCGUGGCUAGUGCCGAGCUUCGUGGUGGCGAACAUUGCGUUCUUCGUGGUGACCAUGUACGUGAACAACUGCCCCAAGAAUUCCACCUCCUGCAUCGCCAGGUUCUUGGGCAGGUUCUCCUUCCAGACCCUCAAGGAGAACCCCCUUCUGGGUCCCUCUUCGUCCACGUUACAGAAGAUGGGUGCUCUAGAAGUGGAGAAAGUUGUCCAUGGGCACCAGGCAUGGCGUCUGAUCUCUUGUAUAUGGUUACAUGCUGGGGUUUUUCAUAUACUCGCCAAUAUGUUGAGUCUUGUAUUUAUUGGAAUUCGGCUUGAGCAAGAAUUUGGGUUUGUUCGAAUUGGAUUGCUUUAUAUCAUAUCUGGUUUUGGAGGGAGUUUGUUGUCAGCUCUUUUUAUUCAAUCGCGAAUCUCUGUUGGUGCGUCCGGUGCACUUUUUGGUUUACUAGGAGGCAUGCUUUCAGAGCUGAUUACAAAUUGGACAAUAUAUGCAAAUAAGUUGGCAGCGCUGUUGACUCUUCUUUUCAUCAUCAUAAUAAAUUUAGCAGUUGGAAUCCUACCACACGUGGACAAUUUUGCUCAUAUUGGAGGAUUUCUUUCUGGCUUUCUUCUUGGAUUUGUGUUUUUGAUUCGUCCCCAGUUUGGAUGGGUUAACCAGAGAAUUUCUCCUGGAUAUAUUGCAAUUACUGUUAAAUCUAAACACAAGACAUAUCAGUAUGUACUGUUGGUUCUCUCUCUUACACUAUUGAUUGCCGGGUUUACAGCUGGGCUGAUUUUUCUCCUUCGAGGGGUUAAUCUGAAUGAUCGCUGCUCCUGGUGCCAUUAUUUAAGCUGUGUCCCUACCUCAAAAUGGAACUGCAAAACAGAACAAGUUCUUUGUCAGUCAAGCCAAAUGGGGAACCAACUGAACAUGACAUGCCUAGGCAAUGGAAGAAGCAACAUCUAUAUGUUGUCUGAUAUUAAUGAUUCCCAGGUUCAGCAGCUAUGUUCUCAGCUUUGCAAUUGAUUAUAGAAGAUGAUAGAAGAUUGCUUGAGCCCAUUCCAUUAAACAUCUCGGUGUACAUGAUUCAUCAUUGAAUCUGUAAAUAAUUU